AACACCGCAGGUUUAAAGAAAAGGACACAGUUUCCUACUUUGAUGGUGUGACACGGGUUAGCUUAGCAGGCUAGCGGUCAGCUAAUUGCACUAGUUGAAUGUAGCAACAUGGCGUGCGGGAUGAAACAUGCUGACGGGAGGAACUGCUUUAAACGUGCAGUAACUUUUAAAGAGAAAUACAGGUAGAAGUGGAUAGAUUUGUAAUUCACUGCGAUGUGGUUCGGGAGACAAAUUAGCGGACCGCUGUCAAUCAAAACACACUGUUCAACGGAAACGGGUCCAACCCGAUGUCACUCGGACCAAUCACGUUCGCGCAUCAGGUGAUGGGCAGCUCGAUCAGCCAAUCACGGUGCAGCAGGUUUGCUAUGGCGCUGUCAUGAAUUUCUAAUGCGGUCUUUUUUUUCCCGGUGCACAUUUUUGGCUAUGUACCCUUCUACACUGGACGUCUUCACAACCGGCUCUAUGAUGAUUCACGAUGUCCGGUUGAAGCAGUUUGUUUUUAACUAUUUUGGCUUCUUAUUGUUUUUAGUGGGCCUCCACCAGGCUGAAGGAACCUCCACGGAAAUGGCCAGCCUGAACUGGAAGCCGUUUGUGUAUGGAGGAAUGGCAUCGAUCGUUGCAGAAUUUGGUACCUUCCCUAUCGAUCUGACCAAAACCCGGCUCCAGGUCCAAGGCCAGUCUCAGUGCAUGGAGGUCCGCUACAGAGGCAUGUUCCACGCUCUGCUCAGGAUCGGACGAGAAGAAGGCAUCCGGGCUUUGUAUUCUGGGAUCUCACCAGCACUGCUGAGGCAGGCGUCAUACGGGACGAUUAAAAUCGGGACGUACAACACGCUGAAGAAAUUAUUUGUGAGCCGUCCCGAGGACGAGACGAUGGUCAUCAACGUGUUCUGCGGCGUCGUCUCGGGAGUUCUGUCCUCUUCUUUAGCGAACCCUACAGACGUGCUGAAGAUUCGCAUGCAGGCUCAGGGCAGUCUACUGCAAGGCAGCAUGAUGGCCAACUUCAUCAACAUCUACCAGACAGAGGGCACACGAGGACUCUGGAGGGGCGUCAUCCCAACAGCACAGAGAGCCGCCAUUGUGGUCGGCGUUGAGCUUCCGGUGUACGACAUCACCAAGAAGCACUUGAUUGCUUCGGGGCUGAUGGGAGACACAGUUCUGACUCAUUUCAUUUCCAGUUUUGCAUGCGGUCUGGCAGGAGCGCUCGCCUCCAACCCUGUGGACGUGGUCAGGACGCGGAUGAUGAACCAGCGCGUGUUGUCCGGGAAUUUUCUCUACAAAGGCACGCUGGACGGACUCAUGCAGACGUGGAGGAACGAAGGUUUUUUUGCCCUGUACAAGGGCUUCUGGCCCAACUGGCUACGUCUCGGACCCUGGAACAUCAUCUUCUUCAUCACCUACGAGCAGCUGAAGAAGCUUCCAUUAUAGCCGAGCUACAGACGCUGACAAGACACUCCACCGACUGAAAGAGAGAGAGAGAGCGCAAGAGAGAGAGAGCGUGUGUGUGUGUGUGUGUGGGAUGGGCAGGAAGCAAGCAAGCACCCCUUCCUGCCUUCAUUCUUUUGAUCUCAAUCCCUCCAUAUAAUGCGUACACUGAUUUAAAUAUUUUACUGUGUGUGUGUGUGUGUGUUUGUUUGUCUUUUUUUUUUUUUUGCAUUGCAUUAAUACCUUUUAAUGAGUUUGCACCAUGAUUUAACACCUAAAGCCUUGCUUUAUUGAUCCUGGCAGCUAGAUUUUACGUCAGCACAAAAAAACAACAACGGGAUGAAAAGUUACUUCAGCUAGUUGCGACGUCCAAAACAACAGAACGCACACGAGGUCACACUGGAAGUCGCUUCGCUUUACUUCACAGCAGCCUCGCGCCACUUCACCGACUGUUUCAGCCCCAUCGUCUGUCCUCAGUCAGGCGCUGAGGGUCUGCGGCUUUAGCGGCGUCGCCAGCGAUACUGCAGGUCGUAUAGCAAGUGUGUGAGAAACGCACUCGAGGUUGUUUACACCGAGUGUCCGGAUUAGCUUUACUGGAGCACCUUCAUGCGGCGCGUAGGUCAGCCUGCUCUGAACGUUACUGUCAGCAAGUCUAGGCUAAUUCAGCAGUGUUUUGUGUGAGAACACGUGAAAUUCAGCACUCCUUCUUUUUAUUUUUCGUUGCCAAAAUGUCGCUCAGCCCAAACUGCAGAUUUGUGUAAUAACCUCGCUGAUGGAGGAAGAUGUUGUGUAGAACACGCACAGAAUCUAAAGCACUUCUGUCCAGCCAGGGUCCUGGUAGUCUUUUAUUGGUGUGUGUGUAUGUAUGUGUGUAUGUAUGUGUGUGUGUAUGUAUGUGUGUGUAUGUAUGUGUGUGUGUAUGUAUGUGUGUGUGUAUGUGUGUGUGUAUGUAUGUAUGUGUGUGUGUAUGUAUGUGUGUGUGUGUAUGUGUGUGUGUGUGUGUGUGUGUGUGUGUGUGUGUGUGUGUGUGUGUGUGUGUAUGUGUGUGUGUGUGUAUGUGUGUGUGUGUGUAUGUAUGUGUGUGUGUGUAUGUAUGUGUGUGUAUAUGUGUAUGUGUGUGUGUAUGUAUGUAUGUGUGUGUGUGUGUGUGUGUGUGUGUGUAUGUAUGUAUGUAUGUGUGUGUAUGUGUAUGUGUGUGGCUGUUUGUAUACAAGCAUGUGUGGAAAUGUAUUAUAUUUUGUGUAGCUGUGAUGACCUGUACAUGAUGCUGCUGUACAUUAGAAAGUAUUGAGCUCAGCUUCUUUCUUCUUUGGUUUUUUGUUUGUUUGCUUGCUUGUUUGUUUUUUCCAAAUUCUGACCUAUCAAAGUGUACUGUAAAAAAAAAAAAACAUUUUAAAAUGUGACACAUCGGUACUGUUACUGCUAGUUUUUUUUUUUUAUUUUUUAUUUUUUUAUUAUUUUUAUUUUCAACAAUGUUCUGGAUGCAAAGAGCAAGAGUGCAAAACUCCAGGCCAUUGAAACCUUGUGUAUGGAGAUUUGCUUCUGUAGUCAUUCAUCUAUUAUUAUUAUUAUUAUUAUUAUUAUUAUUAUUAUUAUGAUUGUUAUUAUUAUUAACACUAUAGGCAAGUUUGUGUUUUUGUGCCUGCACACACACACACACACACACAGUCCUCCACGUGGUCGGUCUGCCUGCCUGUUGUAGAGUUUCUAAGAAACCCGCACACGUUUGUCGUACCGAAUUUGCAUGAGAGCUUUUGAUACUAACUUUUCGCGCCCGUGUGCGACGUCGCCGUUAAAGAAUCUUCUCCGGACGUAAUCGUCUUCACAUAAGCGACCGUUCAAUGUUUGUUUUUUUUUUGUUUUUUUUAACGCGAAAGUUCUUUUAAGAGCCUCGUUCCUGUAAUUAUCUAAAUCAGCCAAUCACGUGACCGGAGACUUGGUUCAUGUUAAAAUAAAUAUUGAUAUAAAUGUGAGUUUUUGGCAAUACAAUGUGUUGUUGAUGUCGGUGCCAAGAUGAGCAACAGGAUCAGACCGACCCCGACGUGAAAGGUUACGGGAACUUUAAAGAAAUAAUCACUCUUUUACAACCGUGGUGAGCAGAAAAGCAUCUCGACGUGCGGGAAAUUCAAUGCGGAUGAGUUCCAGCGCAAACGAACACAAGGAAGAUUCCUUUUUGUUGUUGUUUUGAGAUGUCUGAGAUGCUUUUCAGCUCACCACGGAUGUAAAGAACGGUUAUUCGUGUUACUUCUGGUCACUUCAGAACGAUCUGGUUCUUCUCGUCUGUCCUCUUUCUUCUAUCCACAGCUGUUCUUUAACAUAAGCUGUUCUGUUCUAAGCUCUUUUGGCUGAUCGUGAAAUGAACAGGAUUCGUAUAAAGCGGCCUGUGAGGCAGAAAUACAAAUCUUUCAGCUCACUCCAGGUAUUUGCUUGUGUUCUGUUCUGUUAUCUGUCAAUAUGAUGGAAUGGUUCGGCCUCAAGAGGUCGCCUGGUUAAGGUCAUGCCUGGAUUAUGUCACGAUUUUUCAAGACUUGCCCCCAUGAGUUUGAGUGAAUGACACAUGCUCUUACCUCAAACACAAACCCUUACAGAACGCCUGCUCUCAGGGUUUUCAGCCAAGACCGAGACUCGCGUGCCAGUUCGUACGUUUUAAUCUUUUCACUACAUUUAUUAGACAGAUUAUUUUUAUUUUAUUUUGUUUUAUUUUUUAAGGUUUUAUUUUAGUCUGUAAAAUGUUUGUAUUCUUUUUAAUGUGCACUAUUUGCUUUGGGAAUCACAUCGUGUUGGUGGGGGGGGGGGAUGUUCAAAACCAAAUAAUUACGAAAUUGUUUUCGUUAAAAAAGUAAUUCAUGAUUGUGUUUGCAUAUAUGAAUCGAAAUCAUUUUUGGAUUGUUGCCAUGUAUUUACAUCUGCACAAAUACAGCCAAUGCCACAGAUUUUGACAGAUUUUUUAUUGGUGUUGUCUUCAUCGUUGCUUUCCCCCCUUUUGUUACGAGCAUGUUUCAUGGAUCUCGAAAGGAAAACCUUUCGAGAUCAAACCCUUGCAUGGAGAACGUGGCGUUAAUCCAGCAUCUCUUACACGGAUGGUCUGAUGAUCUCAGCCUGCAGCUCUUUGCUUUCUGCCUUGCUGUAUGCUUUUUCAAUACCAUGUUCUUUACAUAUAUAUAUAUAUGUAUAUAACAUCGGACAUGUGUGGCUGGCAAGGUCUUUGAUUAUUUUUUUUGUUCUAAUGAUGAACGUUAUUACUUAACCUUAUUUGUUGCAGUGGUAUAAAAAAAAAGUUUUGCUAUAAGUCUAUUAUGUGGCUGGUUUUGCUUUGUAUGAUAUAAAUGUGCACCAGACAAUAAAACAAGAUCCUAAUGA